CACCCCUAAAAAAUAGGCCCCGGAUCCGAAAUUCCCAUCCAGUUGCAAAAACACCCCUCCCUUCCUUCCUUCCCUGAGCUUCCUCUACUCGAUCGAAGCCGAGCAGCGGCGCCUGACACGGAGAACAGGGCCGCGGACCCGCCUCGCCGCCCAGGUCGCCGGCGACCGGAGCCCUCGUCCCCCGCCGCCGCCCCUCCGGUUCUUCAUUGUAGGUUAAGUUGUCUCGGAGACUUCUUUUGAAUGGAGCGUAGUGAUUCCCUGUCCGAGUCGCCAAGGAAGCGGAAUGGCCUUCUGCGUGACCAGGUCCAGCUGGUGAAAAGGAAGGACACAAGCCGCUAUGAGAUCGUCCCCUUUCCAGAGCCACUGUCUUUUGAGAAAGGCUUCUUUGUCAUGAUCCGCGCCAUCCAGCUCCUGGUGCAAAACAAUGAAGGGAUAAUAUUUGUGGGAGUUGCUGGCCCCUCUGGGGCUGGUAAGACGGUGUUUACUGAGAAGGUCCUCAAUUUCAUGCCCAGUGUUGCUGUCAUAUCAAUGGACAACUACAAUGAUGCAAGUCGCAUAGUUGAUGGCAAUUUUGAUGAUCCACGUCUAACAGAUUAUGACACACUGUUGGAAAAUAUUCAUGGUUUGAAGGAAGGAAGGUCCGUUCAGGUUCCAAUAUAUGAUUUCAAGAUGAGUUGCCGGACUGGAUACAGAACAGUUGAUGUCCCUAGCUCCAGGAUUGUUAUUAUUGAAGGUAUAUAUGCACUGAGUGAUAAGUUACGGCCAAUACUGGAUCUGCGUGUUUCUGUCACUGGUGGUGUUCAUUUUGACCUGGUGAAGAGGGUCCUAAGGGACAUACAACGAGCUGGCCAGGAGCCUGAGGAAAUAAUUCACCAGAUCUCAGAAACGGUUUAUCCAAUGUACAAGGCUUUCAUUGAGCCGGAUUUGAAGACAGCGCACAUAAGAAUCAUCAACAAGUUCAACCCUUUCUCAGGGUUCCAGAAUCCUAUGUACAUUCUGAAGUCACCACGGUCUCUAACACCUGAUCAAAUCAAAGCUGCUCUUGGCGAAGAUCAAACAGAAAGCAAUGAAGAAACUUAUGAUAUCUAUUUACUUCCACCGGGUGAAGAUCCAGAAGCAUGCCAAUCUUAUCUGAGAAUGCGGAAUAGGGAAGGGAAAUAUAAUCUGAUGUUUGAGGAGUGGGUGACUGAUAAUCCUUUUAUCAUAUCACCGAGGAUUACUUUUGAAGUCAGUGUACGUCUUCUUGGUGGUUUGAUGGCGUUGGGAUAUACUAUAGCAGCUAUACUGAAGAGAAGCAGCCGUGUGUUUUCUGAUGGCAAGGCUACUGUUAAAAUUGACUGGCUGGAGCAACUUAACCGAAGGUAUAUACAGGUGCAAGGUAGAGACAGACUUUAUGUCAAAUUUGUAGCAGAGCAGUUAGGUUUGGAUGGUUCUUAUAUCCCACGCACGUAUAUUGAACAAAUUCAACUGGAGAAACUGAUGAAUGAUGUUAUGGCAUUACCAGAUGAUUUGAGGACAAAGCUCAGCAUUGAUGAUGAGCUGGUUUCAAGUCCAAAAGAAGCUUUUUCCCGGGCCUCUGCUGAUAGGAGAAACGAACUUAUGAAAAGUGGGCUAUCUCAUUCGUAUUCAACACACGGAGAUAAAAGUAUUGUGAAAUUGAAUAAACUGACUGAAAGCAACCGAAGGUUUGGCAGUCGGCGAACUCCUGAACCUCCUGUGAUUAAUCAGGGUGCAAUCAACCAGCUGUCAGAACAGAUAUCGACACUGAAUGAGAGGAUGGAUGAGUUUACCUGUCGGGUUGAAGAUCUUAACUCAAAAUUUACACUGAUAAAAUCUUCACCGAGUCAGCAAAAUUUAAUUCCUUCAAGUGAUACCCGUAAUGGUUCUGCACCUACAAAUCUUUUUGUUUCUCAGUUGGGUAAUGGUACCCUUAUACCCCAUUCAUCAUCAUCAAACCAACUUUCAAAAGAGUCUCCAUUGAUGGAAGAGAUUACGGUCUUAUCAAGGGGUCAGCGCCAAGUAAUACAUCAGCUUGACAACCUCACCAACCUGCUUCACGAGCAUUUGGUCUUGACCCGCCAAGGAAACGCCAUGAGUAGGAACCGGAUCCAGGAAGGAAUCGACAUGGCCAUCUGUCCGUUGAUAAUCCUGACAAUCGGCAGUGUCGGGUACUUCGUGUUCAAGAGUCUCAACCGGAGCUGACAAGAGCGAGACCCGAUAAAGUGCGCGGUUCUGAAGCUCACCACCAAGUCAAGUCAAGAACCAGAGGAGGCCAAGCAGUCUCAAUUGAUCUUCAGUGCCCAGAGCCCAGACUCUAUAACUGUUACUUUCUCUUGGAAGUUAUAGUCGGUCCUUGAGUCAGACACCGUGAUGGAUAUCAUAUCUAGUAGAUUACAUUUUCCAAGAUAGGCGAAAACUCAUAUAUACAAAGCGCAAGCAACAGAGUUUAGUCUUUGGUAUUGAGCUGAGAUACUUCGAAAAGGCCGGGAAAAAACGAUGUACCGGAGGCAUACAUACUCUGCCUGUAGUCGAUACUGGAAGUCCCAGUAUCAAUAAAUUUUGGGGAUACCGAUCACAGUCCUUAAUUCC